GAUAACCACCGCCAGGGGCAGUAUUUUCUAUAGGAAACUUCUUCUCCUGCUCAAAUCACUUCCACAGUCGAGGAAACAGGCGGAAGUCAAUAAGAGAGACCACAGACUGUUGUGAUCCUACGCUCAGCAACAAGCAGAAUGGCGGAUGAGGAGGACGAGACCGGCUUCGACGAGGAGGCGGAGGACGGAUCAGGCGGAGUAGAUGUCGGCCACGGGAAGAGAAAGAGGCUCUUCUCCAAGGAGCUCCGGUGUAUGAUGUAUGGAUUUGGAGACGACCAGAACCCGUACACGGAGUCUGUGGAUAUUCUGGAGGACCUGGUGAUCGAGUUUAUCACGGAAAUGACCCACAAAGCUAUGUCUAUCGGACGCCAGGGCCGCGUCCAGGUGGAGGACAUCGUUUUCCUAAUUCGCAAGGACCCCAGGAAGUUCGCCAGAGUCAAAGACCUGCUGACCAUGAACGAAGAGCUGAAGAGGGCACGGAAGGCCUUCGACGAAGCUAAUUAUGGCUCAUAACCUGACCAUGACACUCUUUGACCUAAAUCUAAUUUGACAUCUUUUUUAAUUGCUGUUCAAUUGAAUUGUUCUUCCGCCGACUGUUCUUUGACUUGCUGUCCAUAGUCAGGGUUUUUUUUUUGUGACAUGUGAUGUAGAUAAUUUUAUAUGGUGGUAUGACAGUGAUGAGCAAUGUCAGUGUUAUACAGAUACCUGAUGUCAUGCUGUCUGGGACUGUUUUAAAUAAAGUAACGUACACAUUA